AUGGAUGCUGAUGGAUUUUUGGUCAUAACUAAAAGAAAAUCUUGCAAAUUACAAAAAAAAAGAAAUAACAAUAAUCCUAUUUAUUUAUGUACCAUUGAAAUUUCUUUCAAACAAAUUAAACAAAAUGUAAACCAAGCAAUGAAUCAAUUAAUGGAAGAUCAAUAUUUUAAUAUAAUUUUAGACAUUUUAAAAAAAAUUUUAAAUGAAAAUAUUUUAUCAAAAAUUAGAUGCUUUGGGAUUGGACAUUUUGGAGAAUAUGAAAGUACUGGAACAUAUCAAAUUGCAUUAUUAUUAUUAAUACAAAAAUAUUAUAAUAUUCCUGUUACAAUACAAGAACCAAUAUUAAAUGAAAUUGAAAUAAAUUACAUUAAUCAAUAUCCCAAUUGUAGAUAUAUUACUGGAGUUGAUUUAACAAAAAAUGAAAUUUCAGAGUCCCAAAAUGAUUAUGUAUUAUUUUUUAUACCUCAUGGAGAAAAUGAAAUGUAUGAUGGUAUAUUAAAGGCACACAAUAGUGUAAUACAAAGACAAAAAAUGAUUAUUUUAGGCAAUUUUUUAGAUGAUAUUUCUGUAACAUAUAAAACUUUUUAUAAUUAUAAAUUUUGGAAAGAAUAUUAUGAUAUGGCUAAAAAACGCAUAUUACCAACAUAUAAUAAAUGUUUAGGAGCGUUUAAUAAUACCUGUAUAAUGUAUAACUAA